UGGAAUGUUAGCAGGUGUUUCAGUUGAAGAAAACUGCAUGCAAAUGGCAAACAUUGAAAAACAAAAACAGCAGAUCACACUGAUUUUGUCCAAAAAAGAAAAAAAAGAUGGCAAAACAGCUUCUUAAGCAAUGGCAAAGUGACAAAUGAGGAACAGCUCUGGCAUGCAUGUCUGACCAAAUCUGAAACGCCAGUGGAGUUGUAUGAAACCUCAAACUCUGUUUUUGUGCAGAAGGUUGAACAUGGAAACAUUUGUCCAUAAUGAAGAACCUGAGAUAUCUAUGGAACAUUUGAACAUCCCUAAAGCACCAGCACAGAUUUCUUCCUUAAAGAACCGCAAUGCUGCAGAGUCUGGAAAUAAGCUGUACAUGCUGGUGGGCGUAGGAUUUGGAUUCCUGUGCAUCCUGCAAGUUGCUGUCAACAUUUCCCUCCGUCUUUCUCACUACAGCUCUGAUCACCAACCAGCUCUUAGGACCAGAUGCACAAACCUGAGUGAUGAGAGAGAUGAGCUGCGAAUCCAGAUGAAACAUUUUGAUGACCUUUUCCAACAAGGAUGGAUAUAUUUCAGCCAUAGGUUUUACUACGUGUCUCCAAUCAAGAAAAACUGGCAGGAGAGCCAAGAUGACUGUCUGGCAAGAGACGCACACCUGGUGAUAAUCAACAGCAAUGAAGAGCAGGAAUUCUCAAAAAUAUUCAACAGACCUUUGUGGAUUGGACUGACUGACAGAGAGACUGAGGGAAUAUGGAAAUGGGUGGAUGGGACUCCACUCACUAUAAGAUUCUGGAAUGCAGGACAAGCGAAUCAUCACCAUGGAGAAACUCAAGACUGUGUAGAAAUAGCUGAACCACCCAGACUGUUGUUCUUCUUGCAUCAAGGAAAUGAUUGGAACGAUGUGCCAUGUGGAAAACAAAACUUCUGGAUGUGUGAAAAGACACAGCAUGUAAACCUAAAAUGAUAAAAAUCACUGCGCUAAAUCUGAGAAAUGUUAUGAGAAUGACUGUCUACCAGGCUUAUCCCCAAGUUCGAACUGUUUUUGUCUUAGUUUCAGAAGGGCAUU